CCAUAUACACAACUAAUGGAAUUUUCAAUAUUUUCAUUGUGAACUUGUCGUCUUCACCUACGCUAUUUCGGGUGCUGCGUGGAAAAAUUAUUGCAAAAAAUAUUAUUAAACAAAUUUUGCUAAGUGAUUGUGUAUUCUAACGAAAAUUGCAUAGAGUUUUAACAAAAAAAAGCAAAAUAUAAAAAAAUAAUCCAACAGCAGUUGAACGAAAUGUUUUGAAAUACAAAAAGUGGAAAAAUCAAUUUUUCACUCUCACAGCUAUACAACUCCAACAUGCUGAAGGACAAUUUAUUUUUAUAUACGCCCUUAGUGGCGCUAGUGCUGCUCUUGGCUUGCUGCCACACCACCGCUGGCAUGGAACAGGCCGCCGUGGGUGAAUUGUUCUCCUACAAAAUUGAACCGCUGCUCUUCAAUUGGACGCAUCAGGUUAUCAGCGAACAAUUUCGUUAUCGUGCCUCAUUGGAGGGCUACGCCGACUUACCCACAUGGCUGCGCUACAAAUACAGUCACGAAUAUCAUGCGGGUUUUCUUUAUGGCACACCCACUGACCGGCUGGCCGAUAAAACGGUGCACUUGGAUAUUGUGGCGUUGAAUAAGCAGAAUUAUGAAACACGCACCGUCAAGUUGUCCAUAUUUGUGGCAGAAAAGCUGCCAUCGCUGAAUAUAAUACAAAUGAAAAUUGACAAUUUGAAUUGGGUACAUCUGAUGGAUCCGGGGCGUGUGGAGAAUUUGCGUAAUAUAUUCCGCAAAGAUUUGUGGCCAGAAAGUGAAAAUGAUUUGAGUAUUGUGUUCAUGGAAUCGGCGGUGAAUAUGGGUGGACGCUUACCGUUGCGUCCACAGCAACGCGAGGGUGUCGUUGUACAUCUUGGCAGUUCGGCGCAGUUUUCCGCACGCAUUAAGGAAUUACAAGAGGAAGUACGUCCACUUUAUAAGCUGAGCACUUGCACCUAUAAACGCACGUCUGUGCAAAAGGUAUUCGAGAAUGCCGGUUUUAAGUUGGAUUGGUGCGCCUUCAAGACGGUAGGCGCUGAUAUAUCACCGGAAAUACUCUUUCACAAUUAUGGCCACAAAAGUCAUCACGACAAUUUCAAACGUAAUGACCGUUGGUUGGGCAUUGCACGCGAGGAUGUGCCCGAUCGCAAUUAUAUCGAUGAAUUUGCUUUCGCCUUUGCCAUUCCUAGCAUGAUUUUCGCCAUACUUUUGGGUAUAUUGUCUGCAGCUCUGUGCUUUCAACAUGAAAAAUUAAAUGAUCGAAACUCUGAGUUUUUCUUUAAGAAUAUUUUUCAUAUUUGUGAAGAAUCAUGUGAGAAGGAAAAUGUUUAUGAUUCCGACGAAAUGGGAAGUGAAAUGUCAUCGGCCUAUCAACCUGCAACAUCAACUGUACAAAUGGUGCAAUGUUCAGAUAACAACACAGAUCAACCAGUGACAACAUUAAAGAGCUUGAAAGAUCCCAAUUGCUUGUUGGACAAUAUUAGCAUGCGCUCACAUAGCCCCAACAAUAGCUACUAUCAAACCGACAGCGCAUCCAACACAUAUUUACGUCCAAAACCGCCACCAUACAAGGGUGGCACUUUAAAUCGCAAUGGUGUGGAUAUAUGACAAUCAACCCCAAGGAUAUUAUAUUGCUAAGCAGUGCUGGAGAGGAAUUGAGCAUUUCCUCGAUAUAGGCGCAAAAUAAAUUAUUCGUAAUAAAUUGAAUCAUAUCGAUACAUGUACUUACAAUAUGCUAUUUAAU